GCGCCCUCGCUGGCCAGUCCCUCCCCUGAUGGGGGUUGUGGGAAACUGGGGGAGGGGACGCCUGGGCCCUUUGUUCUGACUCUCCUGAUGGCAGGGCGCCCCUGUCCCCCAGUCUGUGGUUCUGUAGGUCUUUCCUGGUCUUGGCUUGAGUUUGUGCCCUGAGUCUGUGUCCCCUUCCCUCUGGGUCUCUGUCCCCCGAUACUGGGUCUCUGUUCCCUCUGUCUGGGACUCUGUCCUUCUCUCUCUCUAAGUCUCUGUUCCCCUCUCUCUGGAUCUCCCCUCAGCCAUACUAGGGCCUGUGCCCCUCCUUCUUUUCUAGCAGCUGCUGCUCACGUCCUGGCACCUGUUCUCGGGCUGGGACUGAGAAGAUCUCACCCAUGUCCCCCUUCCCUGUAGCUAGGCUCUGACUCCUGUCUUCUUUAGACCAGUAAUCCACACCCAAAUUUUCAGCCCUCCUGGACCCUAGUCAUUACUCUGGGGUCUUCAAGGCUUCAUCACAAUCCAGGCUCCCCUGAGAACACAGAGGACAACGCUCUCACCCUAAGCUUCCCCAGAAAUCCAGCCCCUUUCUCCUCCAGGACCCAGGAGUCCAGGCCCCCCGUCUCCUGCUUCCCUCAGAUCCAGAAGUUCGGCCUCCAGCCCCCUCCUUUCUCAGCCCCAGGGGUCCAGAUCCCCUAACCUCUUCUCCCUCAGAUCUAAGGGUCUGGGUGCCCCCAGCCUCCUCUCUCAGACCCAGCAGUCCGGACUUCUAGCCCACCCUGCUCUGAGGUCCCUCUGGGUGGGUCAGGGGAACGUUGCUGAACUCUGUGUUCCUCCAGGCCCAGAUGGGGGAACCCCGGGCUGGGGCCCCCCUGGACGAUGGCAGCGGCUGGACAGGAAGUGAGGAAGGAAGCGAGGAGGGCACUGGCGGCAGUGAGGGGGCGGGGGGAGACGGGGGCCCAGACGCAGAGGGUGUCUGGAGUCCAGACAUCGAGCAGAGCUUCCAGGAGGCCCUGGCCAUCUACCCACCCUGUGGCCGGCGGAAAAUCAUCCUGUCCGAUGAAGGCAAGAUGUAUGGUCGGAAUGAACUGAUUGCCCGCUACAUCAAGCUGAGGACGGGGAAGACUCGAACUCGCAAACAGGUCUCUAGUCAUAUCCAGGUUUUGGCCCGAAGGAAAUCGAGGGAAAUCCAGUCCAAGCUCAAGGACUUGGGGACCACUACUUCCUGUUCUUUUUGUGCCCAGAAGCCUCCCCAUCCUUUUUCUGACCAGGUUUCCAAGGACAAGGCUUUCCAGACAAUGGCCACCAUGUCCUCAGCCCAGCUCAUCUCAGCACCUUCCCUGCAGGCCAAACUUGGUCCCGCCGGUCCUCAGGCCCCAGAGCUUUUCCAGUUUUGGUCGGGGGGUUCUGGGCCCCCCUGGAAUGUUCCAGAUGUGAAGCCAUUCUCGCAGACACCGUUCUCCUUGUCACUGACUCCUCCAUCUACUGACCUCCCAGGGUACGAGCCCCCCCAAGCCCUCUCACCUCCUGCUUUGCCCCCACCUGCCCCAUCACCCCCAGCCUGGCAGGCUCGGGCUCUGGGCACUGCUCGGUUGCAGCUGGUGGAGUUCUCGGCCUUUGUGGAACCUCCGGAUGCAGCUGACUCUUACCAGAGGCACCUGUUUGUACACAUCAGCCAGCACUGCCCCAGCCCCGGAGCACCCCCCCUCGAGAGUGUGGACGUCCGGCAGAUCUAUGACAAAUUCCCCGAGAAAAAGGGUGGUCUGCGGGAGCUGUAUGAUCGUGGGCCCCCCCACGCCUUCUUCCUGGUCAAGUUCUGGGCGGACCUGAACUGGGGCCCGAGUGGCGAGGAGGUGGGGGCCGGCGGUAGCAGCGGUGGCUUCUAUGGAGUGAGCAGCCAGUACGAGAGCCUGGAGCACAUGACCCUCACCUGUUCCUCCAAGACGGAGCGUGCCCAGCUGGAGGACGGGAGGUUCGUGUACCGCCUGCUGCGCUCACCCAUGUGUGAGUACCUGGUGAAUUUCCUGCACAAGCUGCGGCAGCUGCCCGAGCGCUAUAUGAUGAACAGCGUCCUGGAGAACUUCACCAUCCUCCAGGUGGUGACAAACAGAGACACCCAGGAACUGCUGCUCUGCACCGCCUAUGUCUUCGAGGUCUCCACCAGUGAGCGGGGGGCCCAGCACCACAUUUACCGCCUGGUCAGGGACUGAAGGGGGACCCCAGAAGUGGCUCACCCCCGGAAUACCCUCCUCCCAGGAAGGACCUCCAGCUUUCCUCACGCUUCUUACUUGGGGGGUGUGGGUGGGCUGCUCCCUCUUAGGACCUUAAAAGCUCGGUGGUGAGUUGAAUGGGCUGGGACUGAGAGGAAAGGAUGGAUCCUGAUCUUGGGACCUCACAGGGGUGUCUGAAAGGACAGAUCACUCCAGAGCAUUUGACACUGGGGACAGGAGUGAGACAACCCCUGGGACAGCACUGGUUUCUGUCUCUGACAGGCAUCCUCCCCCUUCUCUGUUUUGGAUGUUUUGGAGGGCCCCAGUUACACAUUGGCUUGUCCCUCUCUGUUUUUCAGCACCCCCCUUCUUCCCAAUCUGGCUCUCCUUACCAGCCCCAUCCCGGGACCCUGAUAUUGAAUUUUGAAGGUUAACCCUUUCUGUGCAGGAGUAGAGCCAGGUGGGCCCUGGAAAUAUUUUUUUUUUUAAUAUAACAAGAGAUAUUUAUAAGUGGGUGUUAGGGUCGUGACUUUUUCUCAGCUGGGCAAGCAGUGGGGUGAGGCUUUUAAAUCUCAUGUCCUCUUCUAAAUGAGCCGUGGGGCUAGACUGUGUUGCCUCCUUCUCCUCCCCUCCCCACAGUGUGUUGGUUUGUGUUUUGACAGAGGAUAAAGCUAUUUUACCAAAA